AUGGCUCAGCCGCCUCCAGGAGGUCCUAACUCUAACUUCCCGCGCAAUGCCAUCGCUGGCGCGCUCGUCGCCGGAGGCGUUUUCCUCGCCGCCCCUCCUGUAGGCAUCAUGGCUAUCAAUGCACUCGGGUGGCAGGCCGGAGGGGUCGCUGCCGGCUCUAUCGCUGCCGGUAUACAGUCGGUGGUCUACGGCGCGAGCACGGGAGGGGUGUUUUCCAUGCUGCAGGCUGUAGGCGCGACUGCUGUUGUCAACGUGCCUGCGCUUACCGCUGGGAUCGGGAUGAUGGGUGCCGCUGUCGGCGUCGGGAAUGGUGGAGGAGGAGGUCAACAGGGACCAGCGGGAAACGGCGGUGGCCCCGGUGGACCGCCGCCGCCUGGCCCUCAGAUGCCUCCACCACCCCCUCCUUUUGGUAACCCGCCCAAUGGAACGGACAGUGCCGAGACGAGCGAGGAUGACAGUGACGAUGAUGACGACGACGAUAGCGGAGGCCCGGACAACUAUAUCCCCCGCACCCAACCUUACACACAGGAGGAUCGCGACCUCGCCGACCGAGAGAUAAACGAUGGUUUGGAGGAGAUCUUGACGGAUGUACAGGAUGAGAUGGAGAUACGAAAAGCCGAGUGA